ACAUUGCCAUACCACCACAUGCAGCUUGCACUUUUCUCUACAAAAAAAUGACCACCAUUUUGGAGCAGUGGUUGCUGGAAGUGAAGUCAUAGCAUCCCGUUACCUUGGUAACCUCCAGGAGGCAAUUAUCAUAUACGAUAUUACGACGAUGGCGAGUUCAGAAAAGUACGAAUGCAGCCUGGACAAGGCCAGUCUGAAAAAGGCUGAAAAAGAGCUAAACGAAGACCCAAAGGAACGGGAGAGCGCCGUGGCGUCAUUGCGACAGUGGGUUGAGCAGAAUAGCGCCUGGUUAAAAUCUCCCACAGAUACCCGAUUUUUACUUAUGUUUCUUCGUAACGCCAAAUUCGUCCAAUUGGCCGCUCGGAAACGGCUGGUUAAUUACUGGACUGGUCGGACAAACAAUAAAGAAUGGUUUGAAAACGUGGAUACGCUGGAUAAAAAAACAGAAGAAUGCUUGAAAAUUGGGAACUUCAUGCCGCUACCUCGGAGAGACAAACAGGGGAGGGUCAUUUUCUUCGGAAAACCAGGUGCUAUCGAUGUCUCUGGUGGCUGUUCUGUGGAUGACGUCAUGAAGGCAUCUUGUGCAUCCAUCGACUACUGCCUCAUGGACGAGAACGCACAGGUUAACGGGUUCUUCUUCUUCCAGGACAUGUCGGACAUGACAGUGAAGCACCAGUCCUUCUUCGGAGUGGACGUCAUGAGAAGAUCUAUGAAAGUCUGGAUCAAAUCGUACCCAGCUCGCUACAAAUCUGUUCACUACUACAAUACUAACCCAGUGUUCGAUGCCAUAUUUGCCAUCAUUCGCCCACUCAUGCCGGAAAAGUUACAACAGCGACUAAACUUUCACGGGAAGAAUUUGUCAUCAUUAUAUAAACACAUCGACCAGGAAUGCCUCCCAUCUGAAUACUUGCCGGAUGACUUCAAAGGGAAUAAUGUUGGCAGCCUUCAACAAUGCACAGAUGACUUCAUACAGAAGAUGCAGCAACCGGAAGUGCGCGAUUAUCUAUUACAUCUGUCCAGUUCGAAGUUUGGGGUGAACGAGGACCUCAAACCCAGUGACGACGAGCUGUUUAACGAGUCAUUCAGAAAACUUAACGUGGACUAAAACUACAAGAAAAUUUCAGUAAUAACUGCAGAAACAUUUUGUGUUUUGAAGAUUUGUUUAUAGAGAUGGCGAUUCAUCUCGAGAUGGAAUUCAUGUUCUUUCCAACAGAAAGCCAGUCUCCUCUUAGAAGACGAAAUAUGAAACUUAAUGCAGACUAACAUCACAAAAAAUACAAUAGUAUAAAAAUAUUCAGUGUUUUGAAGAUGUGUUUAUAAAGAUGAGGUUUCAUCUAACAGUGUAACUGUUACUGCUCAAAGGAGAUAAAAUAUAAAGUCGAUGCCGUUGUCCUCGUACAUCGACUUAUUGCAAGUGAAUGGUAGUGCUUUAUCUCUCUCAUUCUUUGGCUUCUGUAUUAUUAAGAUCUCCAUGAAAAGAUGUUUGAACAUCAAUGAGUUAUUGAAUUGUUUAAAAUAAAGAUCUAUAUAAGU